AUGAGAGUCGACGCUCUCGUCCGCCGUCAUGAACAAGAAUUGAAUAUGAAGCAGUGGGGAAAAGCCCCAGGUGACGCAGAACGCUGCAGUAUGGAGAGAAAUGAGAAGCAAAGUCAUGCUAAAGAAAACCUACCCCUGUCUGUACAAACUGAAGUCCAGGAUCUCGACAUGUCACAGCUUUGCAGAGAUUUUGCCCAAGACGUCAGAGAAAUGUCAGACCCUGAUCAACUGAGUAAAGAAGCUUGGGAUAUCCCUGGAAGUGUCUUCUCUCCAUCAGCCUGCCUGUCUGCUAUGAAACAAGCUAAGCAGAAAGCAAGGCAAACAAACCUCCAUCAUGACUGUGAUGGCAUCACUAACAGAAAAUAUAUUUCUACAGCGAUCCAAAACAGCCAUAUCAGUGAGGUCACAAUAAGUGACAGUGGAUUUCAGUCUGCUGUAACAGAUAUCACCCAUAUGACUGCAGUGUCAUUUGCUCUUCCCAGCUCAGAGAAAAACAGUCAACAGUGGUCUGGCUUUAAAACUGAUGUCCACAGGACUUCUCCUCCUCUAUCUUCAAACAAAGAACAUGGAAAAGUACAUUUGGAUCACGUUUUACAAGAAGCUGAAAAUGAGGCCAAGUUAUCCUGUGAAACCAAGAAAGGAGAGACACUGGGUCCUAGCAGAGAGAGUGAGCAGAGCACAGAAAGCACAGCAACACAACCAUCCAGCAGGGCAAAAAGCUCUGUCAGUAUUAUUGUUAGCUUUCCACUCAAUGGUCAUGCUCGUGGCAGUCUGCCAGCCAAACCAGAGCUUUCUCUUCCAUCUGUUCAUGCAUCAGGAUUUAAAACUGCUUCAAAUAAAGGAAUACAGAUUUCUUCAGCCAACCUGCAGAGAGCCAAGCGACUGUUCGAAGAAACUCAAAGUGACAAGACUUCUAGUGAUCAGACAACAAACUGGGCACAUGACUCUAAGGAUAAAAUUCUUAUGAGUCACAGUUCAGUGGGAAAAAACUCAAAAUCAGACCAGCCCCCACCUUCAAAUGAUAAAUUAGCAGAUGAAGGUUUUCAGUUAACGGCUUCCCAGAGAGCCGAUGUGACUGAGCUGUGCACUCUCUUAGAGGAAGCAGACAGCCAGUUUGAAUUUACGCAGUUCAAAACUGCAAAGCUGAAACAACAUAGUGAAGAUAAAAACAUCUCUCCUUUAAAAGUUGACAAAGAACUUGACCCUGAUUUUCUUGCAGGUAUAGAUUUUGAUGACAGUUUUAGUUUGGAUGCUGAAAAGCACCUGGCAGUAACUGUGAUGCAUGACAAAAGGGCCUCAGUUUCAGUUGGUGAAAGAAAUUGUGAAAAAUCCAACAUUUCUAGGAAAUCCACUGGUCUGUUAUUGCCGAGGCCAAUGACAGAAGAAAAGUCUUCUGCUGAAGAUUUGUCUUUAUCUGAUGGCAGCAGAAUUAUUAUGUCAGCUAAACUCAAAACCCUUGACAGAGUAGGUCACACUGAAACAAGCAUGCCAGAGAACAAAUCUCCCCUGAAGCUCGGUGUGGGAUUUAAGACUGCAGGAGGAAAUGUUUUGAGAGUUUCCAAAAAGUGUCUGAGCAAAGCUCGAGCUUUGUUUGCAGAUUUAGAGGGGAGUCUUGUGACGAGUCAAAAUUCACCUGACAAUCUAAGUAGAGCUACUGAAGCCCAAGAGCAGCAUCAGCAGAGUGUGGAUAAUCACACUGGUGAUAUUUUGAAUUGUAAAGAGAAUAAUGCAAAGCUCACAUCUUGUGGAAAUGAACCUGUGAAGAGGAUUGAGGAGUGUUUUUCCAACGUGAAGAAGUCUGUGUGUUUGGAUGAACAGGUCACAGACAUCCGAGAUGAAGAAGCAACAAAAAGUAUCAAAAACAGCAAAAUGGACAGAAACUCAUGUGGAGGUGGGUUCCAGAUGGCCAGUGGGAAAGGAAUUGCUAUUUCAACCAAAGCAAUGCAAGAGGCAGAUGUUUUUUUCAAAGACUGUGACAUUACUGACAGUAAAACUGGCAUGUCUGUAAAAGCUAAAAAGAACAUUGAAUCCUUGUCUAGAAGUGUUCAAAGUUUAGCUCCUAAGGAUACAAGGGCUUUAGAAAAUACAGCAGCUCUCCAUGGAAACCUGUCCUCGUCUGCAAAGACUCUUUCAUCUCUCUCAUGCACAGCACCAAAGAAUAUUGGCUCCUCUGACAUUGAUAAAUUGAGCAGUAGUGGUGGUGGAUUCUGCUCAGCGAGAGGGAAGAAAGUAUUUGUGUCAGCUGAGGCUAUGAAAAAAGCAGAGCGCCUUUUGACUGAAAAUCAUACACCUGAAGAAACAGACAAACAACUGAAAGAAAACAGAGAUCAUUUAACAGCAGGAUUUCUCAACAGUGAAAUUCAGGUUACAACACCCAGUGAUGGUGGAUUUCAGACAGCCAGUGGCAAAGGUGUCCCCAUAUCAGCUGCUGCUCUCAAGAAAGCAAAAUCCUUGUUCAAUGAAUGUGAUGAAAUCGAAUCCCCAUCGUCUAACAUCGGUGUCAAAACAACACAUCCUAAGAUGCAAGCUCCAAAGCCAGCACCCAGGAGUAGUGGAUUCCUUGCCGCCAGUGGAAAAUCUGUGGCUCUUUCAGCAGAGGCCCUGAAAAAGGCUAAAGCUCUCUUCAGUGAUAUCGGUUUCGAUGAGGAGAUUCCAUCUGUUUCAGACACAAAGAGGAAAAAUGACAAGGAACAAAACAAAAUCCCAAAUACUGAGAAAAUACAUUUGGGUUUCUCAACUGCAGGGGGUCAAGAGUUCAUGUGUCGCAGAAAAAUCUGUUGAACGCCAAGAACCUUAUGAAAGAUUUUGAUGAUAGUCUUAUUUCAGCAACGGCAAUGCAAGACGCAGAUGAGUUUUUCAAGGACCAUGA